AUGAAAUGGUGGGAUGACUUGUGGCUUAACGAAGGAUUUGCUUCUUAUGUCGAAUUUCUUGGAGCGGAUCAUGUAAGCGACAGGCACAUGAAGCUGCCAGAGUAUUUCAUACUCGACCCGUUGACGAAAGGUCUGGAGCGAGAUUCUGUCUCUACAAGCCAUCCACUUUCAUUCACGAUUGAGAAGGCAAACGAAAUUUCCGAGGCUUUUGACUCGAUCUCGUAUGACAAGGGAGCAGCUGUAUUGAAGAUGAUGGCUGCCAUUACCGGUCAAGAAAGUUUCUUCAAAGCAGUCAAUGUAGGUUAUCCGAACUGUUGUUUCGGCAUUUAA